AGGUCCGGUAGUUGAGCAUCCCUCAUUUCGCUAGCUUUAGACGCCUGUAGCUGUCAGAUACGGAGUUUGACCAGUGUAGAAUAGGUGUUGCUCUGUGUAUUGUGUGGGGUGUUGUGUAGAAUGGCGAAACGUCCAGUGUGUGGCACGAUGCCCAGCUUAUUAAACAAUUCCGUUGAUGAUAAGAAUUUUUCGAAGAUAGAUUUUACGACCGAAGAAUUUGUUAUUGGAAGAUCAUUACAGUCGUCUUUCGUGAUCCCCGAGCCAACACUGUCAAGGCGACAUUGUACAUUUCGGUACUCAGGCGAACAGUGGAGUGUCACAGAUGAGAGUACCAUGGGAACUUACGUUAAUGGGUUGAAAAUGACAAAAGGUUCAACAGUAAUACUGAAAGCUGGUGAUGACAUUCAGUUUGGGUGCAACAGUAAAUGGAAGUACACAUUUUCAUUCCUGUAUAAUCAUCAGAACAGCGAGGUUCUUGACGUGAAAAGGGCAAAAUUGGAUUCGGAUGAGUCCAUCACAGAAAACACUCCAACCUCUAUCCCAAAUGGCGAUGAAGAUACUGAAAAAAUAAUUGCUGGAAAAGUGGAAUUUGAACAGGAAAGGGAUAAAACCUCGGCUGAAUUCCUAGAUAAACAGAAUAGUUUGAUUGAUAACGAGCUUGAAGUCAAGAAACAAACAGAUAGUGAACAGGAAGUGAAAAACAACAAAAAUGAAUUUGAACAACGGAUAUUAAAGGAACAGGGAGAUUUAAAGCAGCUACUGGCUCAGGCUCAAAAAUUAACAGAGAAACUUAAAAGUGAGCGGGCAAGCAUCCAAGCAGCUCUUCUUGAACGUGACCAACAACUUCAGAAUUUGAAGAAAAUUUCAAGCCAGGAGGUACUGACUUUGAAGAGAAAGUUGAAGUCGAUGAAAGCACGUCUGGCUGAGAAAGAAAAACAAGAGGACGAGAAUGCUCGUCACCUGGAGGAAGUGACUACACGCACAUUACGAUUGGAAGAAGAAGGGAAAAAACAGGAGGAAAACAAUCAGAUGUUCAUGGAAAGUCUGUUGCGGGAAGUUGAUGAGCGGGAGGAGGCAGCAAAACGUCGCCUUAAAGAAGCAUUGGAAAACUUGCAUCAUGACAAGGCUGCAAUUGAAAAUGAGAUAAAAGAGAAAUCGGAAGCAAAAGAAGAUGUUGGGAAACUAACUGAGGAAUUAGAGAAAGUGAAACAGAAUUUAAUCAUUGUUGAUCAGAAAAGAGAAAUGUUAGAAAAGGAAUUAAGUGAAGCUGUGCAGUCAGCUUCUGUUAAUACACUCCAGGCGCGAGAAGAAAUUUUGCACAAUUUUGGAGAACUGAUGGAAACAGAACUGCAAUGUAGUAUAUGCAAUGAGUUGUUUGUGGCUGCUACAACUUUAACGUGCAAUCACACAUUCUGUAAGUUUUGCAUAAGUGAGUGGAAAAAAAAGAAAAAGGAUUGCCCUGUCUGCAGGAAACCAAUUUCUGCAGAGUUCAGGUCACUUUCACUUGAUAAUUUUAUAAACAAGAUGGUGGAAAACCUUUCGGAUGAUAUGAAGAAGAGGAGACAGGAGUUAAAAGAUGAAAGACAAGCUUUGUGUGACAAGAAUAAAAAUAGAAAUGAUGGUGCAAGUGGAAGCAGAAAUGGAAUUGGAAAUGGAAGUGGACAAAGGCGGCGUGCACGGUCUGCUCGACGCACCACAACUGAAAGUAUUCCAAGAUCAAGGGGACGCCAUCCAUUACCUGCUGUUGUCGAAUCACUAUCACCCCCAGCUGAAAUAGUUACUGUACAUUUAUCAGACUCCUCAAAUGAUUCAGAAGAUGAUAGUGAGGAUUCAUCGCCAAUAACGAGUGAUUCGAGUGAUUCUUCGUACGCUGAAGGUGUGACUGGAAGCUUUUAUGGUGGAUAUGGAAACUGUUUCCAUUGUGGGAGACAUGGGCACUGGGCCAAUGGAUGUCCUGAUCUCUUUUGAAUACACCUCCGCAUCAAAUGUCUGGUUGUUGUUGUUGUACCACACAGUAAAUUUAUGCAGUAGCUUAGCCCUGUAAUGCAUAAGUUAUUUUAAGUUAUGCACAAUGUUCUGUAUUUUACCGAACAUAACUUGAACUGCUGUGAUUUUAUUUAUUUUAUUGUUUUGGUAUACAGAUGUAGUAUUGUGAUAAACUGAACUUUUAACUACAUUUUUGUGCUGUGGUAUUUGCAUUAUUACUGCAGCAAUAACUCACUGAUGUUAUCGUAAAUCCCGGCAUAUGAAAACUUAAAAUGCAUAUAUCCCAUAUGAUCACAAAAAUUUUAGUUUGAACUUUAUUAAAUAUCAGUCUUACACAUCCCAUCGCCUGUGAUUAGGAACACUUUUUUAUGAAUAAAAUUGUUUUGUCUGUUGGUAAUAAUUUGCAAUAAAUUUGUUUUGGACUAUAUUAUGUAAA